AUGGGGAGCUUCGACCACCGUGACUUCUUAAGGGAACACUUUGGUUCGGAUGCAUUUCUUCCUCAACAAGCACUCUCGAUGAGCGUCUCAGAGGCCUCGUCUGGCCUCUCGAUCAGCCUGCCGGCUAGCAUGUCAUAUCAGCUUGGGGGUCCAACAUACGACAACACUUGCUGCACUCCCCGAACGAUAGCACCUCAUCCCAGUUACAUGCUCUCUCUCCCGACCCAUGGCUAUCAUCUCGAAGAGGCGUAUGCCAUCACUGGCCACUCGGCUUGCGCGAGGGGUCGAAGCUGUAGCGGAGCAAGCACAGUCAGUGCAGAGUACAGUGUUACAAGUCAGGAGGCGACGCCGAGGUCGCCUUACUCUUUCGUCGAGCCCGGCAGUCAGUAUCGGGCAACGUAUGAUGACCAAAACACUCAUACAGGGGCGCCUGUAUUGAAUUCCCAGGAAGAGUUGUCGGUGCCUCGGGACAAUCAAGGGCCCUUCCUGAAGCAAGAAGGCGAUGAAACCAAUCCGUCGAACAGCAAAGAUUGUUUGGAUGAAGAGGGAAGACCCAGAAAAUUCUUCAGCCGCAAAGCCGAUGUGACGAGACACUACAAGUCUCGACACGACAUCAAGUACAUUGAUUGUCCAAAGAGAAACUGCGAGAGAAAGGGCAGUCAAGGAUUCACAAGGCGAGACCAUUUGACAGAGCACCUUAGGGGCUUCCACAUGGAAAAGAUUGCAAAAAGACAGAUUUCUAAUACCAAGGCUAAGCGAGGUGAGACACACGCGAGUGAGGACAGCAACGGGUCCAACAGCUCGUCUGAAGGGCUUACUCCGCCCGAGCAUGCCGAGGAAAUCUCAUACUUCCCCUCUGGACAACCAAGCUUUGCAGAGCAAAUUGCUCAGGACAUCAAACAAGAGACUCCGCAAACGUCUGAUGACGAAGCUGAAGAUAUCUUCCCAAUAUGGGAAGUCUAUCUUCCUAAGAGGACCAAGCGGUUCAAGAGUCUAGCACAGAGGCGCAAAAGCAAAGCCAGAGCUUUACAGAAUCAUCCAGUCCCAAUAGCACGAAGAAACGUGCGGCCCCAUCACUCUCCAACAAGUGCAACAGCUCAAGGCCCCCUUCAAGGACUCGCUUUCCAAGCAGACUUUGCAACACCUCGAAUGAUGCCCGACCCGCCAGCAUACGCGACGCACCACCCGGAUCAGCAACACCAGCACCAGGUUUUCAGCACGAGCAACAUGGUGGCCCCUCUCUACACAACAAACUCGAGCAUGGAUUCAUUUUAUGGUCCUUCGUCAAUGGCGCAGGUCUAUGACAACCUUCCAGCCCAGGCGAUGGCUCCAUACCGGGUCGAGGCUCUUGACGGGUCUCAUUUCCAACCCAUGCAAGAGUAA